AUGUUAUAUUAUAAAUUAUAAAUAAAUACUAUAUAUAUUGUUUCCUUUGUGACCCUAUAUAUUUUAUACAAUUAAAACUAUUAUUCUGAGAAGGGAUCUAGGGUACCCCAAAAAGUUCAGAACUGCAUUUUACAAAUUAAGGAGUUGAGGCUCAACAAGGUGAAGUGAUUACUCAGGAUCAAAGGGUGGAAAACCCCCAGAACUAGGGCCCAGGUUCUCCAACUCCACAGUUCCUUUUUGAGUGGAGGAGGAAUUUCUGGGCAGGGACGACUUCUGGAAGCCACUCACAAACCGCCACAUAGGUGGCCACUUGCUCCCUCUAUACUUAGGAUCUGCUGGUCUCGUCCUUGGCCUUAUGCCAUUUCCUUUUAAUUAUAUCUUUUUUAUAUUUGGAUUUGCAUCUGACUUUGAGGAAACUGAAAGGCUGACAGGCUCAUUUUCUGAACACUCCCAGAAACAUGCUCUUAGACACAUGCAUAGAGAAAAGGAAACAAUAUAUUAUAACUGAAUGAGGGAGAUCAAAAUGCUGGUUGAGGGAAGUGUUUGUAGAAUUGAAUUAAAUUGAAUUACUAACUAGGGGGAUCCGAGAAGGAGGCUUCCAGGAGCAGGAGACAUUGCUUAAAUGCCAAACUGGAAGGAAUAUGGGUUCACUUCAUCCUAUAACAUCAGUUAGACCCCUGUACUCCAUAUAGAAAGUGUGUUGUUGUUAAGUCAUUUAUUCAUGUCCAACCCCUCAUGACCCCAUUUGGGGUUUUCUUGGUAAAAAUACUGGCAUGCUUUUGCCAUUUCCUUCUCCAGCUCAUUUGACAGAGGAGGUAACUGAGGCAAAUAGAGUUAAGUGACUUGCCCAGGUCACACAAUUAGUUGGAGUGUCUGAGGCAGGAUUUGAACUCAGAUCCUCCUGAUUCCAGGAUCCACUGUGCCACCCAACUGUCUUAUAGCAAGAGCACCCCUGUCCUCUUCCAGGGGCUAUCCCUCAUAACCAUCCAUCUCUCAAAGAUCCCAUUCCUGCUGGGACAGGACUUAUAUGAUUAAAACUUCUCUGGUCAACUUGGGAUUACGCCUAUGCCCAGCAUCUCAGAUGGUCUUGAUAUGUGGGUCACAAGCAGCGGUGAAAGCUGUUGAACAGCCAGUUCUCAGAUUUCUGAACAGCAAAUGAAUCCAUGAUCCAGAAUAUGUAUUUGCUGAUAAUUUUAUGAAACAGCAUUGGAAAUGGUACCAGGUCCACAUCCACUCCUAAUGGGUGAUUCAGCCCAUUUUACAGAUUCAAUCUAGUGAGCACUUAGAUUCAUGAGCUAGGCAAUGCUAAGCCUUACUUACACCAAAUUCCACACUAUAAAUGGGAAUAUGAUCACAGUAUGAGAGGCAUAAACAGAGCUCUCUGGGAUAUUGGGGAAGGGGGGCAGAGAUUAGGUCCAAUUUAUAGGUCUUGACACCUAGGUGUAUUUCAUUGGAGGGAGGGGAAAAGAAUUGAAUGAAAUAAGGAGGGCAGAAUUAUGGGAGAGGGAGGAAUCAAAGAAGACUGAAAUGCUGAGCUUGGGUGACUGGAGGAAGUUGGCACCACUGACAAAUUUUUAAAAAUUGGAAGGAGGAGCAGAAGGGGGGCUAACAUUGGAGAGUGGGGUGCAAAAACUUUUUUGUCCAUUUUGGACAUAUAAAACUUGAAGGCCCCUAGAGAUGGAAAUACUCCCACAGGGGUCACAGUGUCUAUUCAGAGUUCAGGCCAUUCUCUUCUCUUUUGGGUGUUUCUAAAUCCCAUUUUAGGGUCACAGCCUAACCAGCAGAGUGUUCAGGGGUCACUGUGCACCCAUGCGGUUUUUAAGGCAGUCAGUUCCAAUCUAACACUUUAUAACACCACCUAGGGGUGUUCCUAAUCCUCCACCUGGACUGUUGUUGGAAGAAAGCUGUAGUUACUGUGUUUCCCUCCUGGGUUCCCCUCCUUUUACCAUUUGAGUGACAAUUGAGCUGCUGUUUAAUUUGGUUAAGUUAUGCCCAGGUCCUUCAAGGAGAAAACAUAUAAUUCUAGUAAUUUUAUUGAACUCAAGUUUCAGGCAAAUGGAAGUAAAAUUGCUUUUAGAAGCAAAGGAUACAUACAAAUGAAUAAAACAAUAAUAAUUUUUUAAAGCCACCCCCGAUUCCUGAUAAAUGUAUGAGGUAUUUUAUGAUAUGUUGGAGGAGAGACACUCAGAGGAAAGGGUAGGAAAAACCCCCUAACGCCCUGCUUUCUUUUCUGUCUUUCUCUUUGAAAAGAAUUUAAUUUGCCUGUUAUAAAGUGAAGCCUGAAAAGCUACUGGUAAAAUUGGUACUUGUCCCACAUGGUGCUCAGAGCUUAAUAGUACAGGUGGACGCAAGCGGCUGACUGCCAAAUACUUUUGGUUUAGAGGGAGGGGUGGGAGUGCAUUCUCAGAACCACUCCUGGAAUGGCUUAGCUUGCUUCACACAAAUCAAUGACAACCUCCUGUCGGCUGCAGGCACCCAUGAGCUACUUUUCCACUUUAAUUCCUAUAAAGCGACACUGGUGGCUUUUAUGAUAGGAGCCGGGCUGGAGCGAGAGGAGACCGAAGGGACAGAAAGGGCUCUGGAUGAGAACAUGGCCAAUGGCAUUGACGAACUGAUCGGCAUUCCCUUCCCCAACCACAGCAGCGAGGUGCUGUGCAGCCUCAAUGAGCAGCGGCACGAUGGCCUGCUCUGCGAUGUGCUCCUGGUGGUCCAGGAGCAGGAGUACCGCACCCACCGGUCCGUCCUGGCUGCCUGCAGCAAGUACUUCAAGAAGCUCUUCACGGCGGGGACUUUAGCUGACCAGCCUUACGUCUACGAGAUUGACUUCGUCCAGCCGGAGGCGCUGGCCGCCAUCCUGGAGUUUGCCUACACCUCUACGCUCACCAUCACAGCCUCCAACGUGAAACACAUCUUGAACGCUGCCAAAAUGCUGGAGAUCCAGUGCAUCGUCAACGUGUGCCUGGAGAUCAUGGAGCCCGGAGGGGAUGGGGAAGAGGAGGAUGACAAGGAGGAUGAUGACGACGAAGAUGAGGAGGACGAGGAAGAGGAUGAGGAGGAAGAAGAUGAAGAGGAUGAGGAUGAGGACGAUGAGACGGAAGAUUUUGCUGACCAGGAAAACCUUCCCGAUGCCCAGGACAUCAGCUGCCCCCAAAGCCCCUCUAGGACAGAUCACCUCACGGAGAAGGCCUAUGCAGACACCCCCAGGGACUUCUCCAACCCUUUCCAGGCCAAUGGCAGCCCUGGUCAUCUCGGGGUCAUCCGGGACUUCUCCAUUGAGUCUUUGCUGAGGGAAAACCUCUACCCCAAAGCCAACAUCCCUGACAGAAGGCCUGCCUUAUCUCCCUUUUCCCCAGGCUUCUUUCCACACCUCUGGCCUGGAGAUUUUGGUGCCUUUGCCCAGCUGCCCGAGCAGCCCAUGGACAAUGGACCCCUAGACCUGGUCAUCAAAAAACGCAAGAUCAAGGAAGAGGAGAAGGAGGAGCUCCAGCCCCCACCCCCGCCCCCCUUCCCUGGGGACUUCUUCAAGGACGUGUUCGCCGACCUGCCCGGGGGACCCCUGGGACCCAUAAAGGCUGAGACCGACUAUGGCGCCUAUCUCAACUUCCUGAGCGCCACCCACCUGAGCAGCAUCUUCCCCCCGUGGCCCCUGGCCGAGGAGCGGAAGCUGAAGCCCAAGGCGUCCCAGCAGUGCCCCAUCUGCCAUAAGAUCAUCAUGGGGGCAGGGAAGCUGCCGAGGCACAUGAGGACGCACACUGGCGAGAAGCCCUACAUGUGUAACAUCUGUGAGGUUCGAUUCACCAGGCAGGACAAGCUGAAGAUCCACAUGAGGAAGCACACAGGUGAGAGGCCUUACCUGUGCAUCCACUGCAAUGCCAAGUUUGUGCACAACUAUGACCUCAAAAACCAUAUGCGCAUUCACACAGGUGUCCGGCCCUACCAGUGUGAAUUCUGCUACAAGAGCUUCACCCGCUCCGACCACCUUCACCGCCACAUCAAGCGUCAGAGCUGCCGGAUCUCCCGGCCCCGCCGAGGGCGCAAGCCCGCCGCUUGGAGGGCUGCCAGCCUGCUCUUCGGCCCUCCCCCGACGGAGGAGAAGGCCUUCAUGAUGCCCCCGACCCUGGGGGAGAUCGGUGGCCACCUCGGGGGCGCAGCCAUGUGCCUGCCGGGCCCCAGCCCCCCCAAGCACUACCUGGGGACCCCCAAGGCCCUCAGCCUGCAGGAGCUGGAACGGCAGUUCGAAGAGACCCAGAUGAAGCUGUUUGGGAGGGCGCAGCUGGAGGCUGAGAGGAGCGGGGGCCUCUUUGCCUUCGCCUUGGCAGAGAACAUGGCUGCCCGGCCCUACUUCCCUCUCCCGGAUCCCUGGAGUGCCGGGCUUGCUGGCCUCACAGGGCUGGCGGGACUCAACCACAUGGCCUCUAUGUCCGAGGCGAACAACUAGCUCCGGCUCCUGCCAGGCCCCAUCCGUGUCCUGCUCCUCUUCCGUACCAAGCCUGCCUGGUGCCCUCUCCAUCCCACUCUCCCUGGCCCUAAGACAGGUUCGGGAAGUUCUCUCCCAUUUUAUGUUUUAAAAAGAGAAAAGGAAAAAGAAGAAGAAAGCCGCAAAGCCACCCCACCAGGCCUCCCUGUGCACGUCAUCUCUUGUCUCACUCCCAAGAAGAGAAAUAACCUUCCAAGGGAAGUAGCUCUUCAAACUGGACCCCAAACGGGAGCGGGCUGGAGGCCAGCGUUUCACCUCUCUCCCCUUGCAGGAGCUACGAGGAGAUGUCUUCUCAGCACAGAGUUGUAGCAGUAGCUAGAUGGAAGCCAACUUGUCAAGGGAGGCCAGGAGGUGGAGAGCUGGCAGUGGGGGGACCCGGGGCCUCCAGAAGCUGGGAGCCUCUGCUCUCUUGGAUCCUCUAGUUCUUUGGCAGAGACUACCGUGUGGAGAGCAGGCAGAUUCCACAUUUCCAAUGGGUCUGAAGAGGUCCCCCUUAACCUACCUGGAAGGAGGUGUCCCUUCAUAUUUUGGAAGGUUAAUGGCAUCAAAGGAAGAGAACUCUGGAGGGAAAGGGAAUAGUCCUGCCAGGGACCAUUCCUGCUUCUCCCUCUAUGGACUUGCUACAUGACUUUGGGCAAGUUAUUUUACCUCUCUGUGCCUCAGUUUCUCUCAUCCCCAUUUGGCCUUCCAUUCCUAACCUCUCAAAGGUAGUUGGGAGGAUUAUUUAGGGACCCUCUGGGAGGAGUUCUGAACUCCUAGAAGAAAGGCCUGGAGAAGCUUGGGCUUAUUGUUUUUGAUGUUAUUUGUGGGAAUCACAGUGGGAACCGGAUAAGGUCCACAUCAGAAGACCAUGCAAGAAGGCGACCAUACUAUUCCUCAGACCUGAGAGCGACUUUUAGGGGCUCAGAAGGCUCUUAUUUCUUCCAUCAUCUUCCUUUUUCAAAGGAAGCACCUUUGAAGAAAUCCUCUAAACCAUUUCCCAUUGGUGACUUUCCAAGACCUGGGACCUAUUUCUCUUGUCAAUGGUUCACCACCCCAACAGGUCUUGGGGAGCCACCACUCCUCACCUGGAAGGUGGUCAGUAACUGGACAGCUGUUUAUUUUAAAACCCAUCACUGCCUCUCUUCUGAUGCCCCCCCUCUCCCUCCCCCAAGAUUCCUCAAAAACUGUGUCACGUGACUCCUGCUGUUCCAGGGGUUGAUUUUAUCGUUUUUGUUGGCCAGGGCUUUGGAGCCUCUUUUCCCUUCCUCCCUGGCUGCCUAACUUUUGUUCUUGUCUCUUCAUUUGAGCACCUUGGCAAAAGAUUAGAUGGGGAACAGCAAAGAACUGAAAACCUCAACUGCCCUGUCUUGCUCCUUGUAGGAAGCUCCAGUAUCCAGCAUGGCGGGGAAGAGGUUAUGGUAAUUAACAUUUUUUAAAAAAUGCUUUUGGACUUCUCGGUGGAUUUUGAUUAGCCGCAGCACUCAGACUAUUCCCUGGGGACCAGGGAGCUGGCUUGGCAGCCCUUGGCCAUUGAAAUUUGAACUUGAGGAGACUUUGAAAACGAAGGAGGCCCCACCAGCAAGGGUGCCUUCUAAUUCUGCUGUUCUGCCUUCCUUGAGAACUGAUUGGUUUCUAUAAACAUGCUAGAGAAGCAGUGUCCUGGGAGAGACUCUUAGGGGCAGGGGGAGACCUGGACAGACAGAGAAUGAGAAAAUACCAUUAGAAUUCCCUUUCCCCAGGCCCCCUGAGUACUUUCACUGAGAGGAACCCCUCGCCCCUAUAAUCACACACACACACACACACACAAGUUUUUUCCUUGGGAGGGAAUACUAAAUGGCCCCAGAAGACCACAGACACCAUCACACUCAACACUCAUCUCUUGGACUCUGCUGAGCCAUCUUUCAGUACACAUGGAGGUCCCAGCAUUAGCCUGACCGUUUCCCAGUUCUAUGCCUUCUCCUCCUUACGCUACACAUGGGACUAUACAACCUUCCCCAGUUUCCUCCAACUUGCCCACAGAGUUUGGAAGGCGCUUACCUGGGAAGAUGGCUUGCUGGCACCCCUACCACCAUUUCAGCCACUGGCCUCCUGGAAUCUGCCAGCCAAACCUUCCCCCAACCCAUGGGGCAGCCAAGGGAUGGAGGGCAAACCAAACUAUUUUUUUUAAGAAAAAAAAAGACUACAAAACAGAAUCUAAUGACAUUGGGACUCUUUUGUUUUGUUUUGUCUUUUUGUAGAUGUGUAAUGACUUCUUAUAAACUCAAUUUUUUCAGAUGACUGCUUACUUCAGGUGUUUUUUGUCUACAAUUUGGAGUUAUUGUAAAGUAUCCAAAGAUGUUGAGUACUGUACAUCAACAGGAACUUGAAGCAAAUGGGUGGGGUGGUUUGGUUUGGUUUAUUUGGUCUACUCUUGUUUAUAAAUUUGUUUUGUUUUUCAUUUCCAUUUCCCUGUCUGUCUGUGGGAGAACCUUUGGAAUUUUUCUAUUUAUAGCUCUUUUUUAUGCGAUUGCUUUAUGUACAUUGACACUCAAACGUUUGCCUUAGUGAUUAAAGGGACAAUCUUCCAUAACUUUGGUGGCACGCGGCAUCCUGCCGAGACAAACUCUCAGCUAACUCUCUGGCCUAUUUAUUAAACAGUAUUAAUUGACUUGA